CAUCAAUUUAAAAGAAAUUUAAUUCGAAAUCUACACACUAAAAUUUGAAGUUUAAAAGAAUGUGCAAAUUAUAGUUGAGUGAAAUUAUUCUGGAAACAGCUGCGAUUCCACAUUCACAUGAAAAAGGUUCAGUCCAGCACACCCGAGAAAUCAAAGAAGAUCAACCAGAUUACAUAAACACCCUCCAAAAACUCCUGAAAUCACAUUUCUCGGCAAUUGUUUCACUCUACACUGCUCUCUGCUCGCUAAAGGGUAGGGCGAGACGAGUGAGUAAAGUUAAAUAGAAGAAUCUAUCUCUGCUGGUAUCCAGUAUAGUGAGAGGAGAUUAUGGAGAAGGCACUAGCAAAAGUUAGCAGCUUGAAAGUUGGGAAUUCUUGGAUCUCUAAGAAGGCCAAGGAAGAGCUUUCUAGCAUAACUGAUGAUAUUACUACUUUCUCAAAUACUGUUGAAGAAAAGGCAAAAUGGAUUUUCAACAAGCUGAAAGGAAAGCCACUCAAAAGCUUGCCAGAUCUCCUUCGAGAGUAUAACUUACCACCUGGUCUCUUUCCCCAAAACAUAACCUGCUAUGAAUUUGAUGAAACAAAGGCCAAACUAGUUGUGUACUUGCCUUCAGCAUGCGAAGUGAGCUUCAAGGACUCUUCUGUAUUGAGGUAUGCAACUCGAGUAAAAGCAAUUCUUAUGAGGGGAAAGCUCACAGGUAUAGAGGGAAUGAAGACAAAGGUCCUGGUAUGGGUUAAAGUCACAUGUGUAGCAAUGGAAGGCUACAAAUCUGACAAGGUCUGGUUUACAGCUGGUGUCAAGCAAUCCAGGCCUAGAAUCGCAUAUGAUGUGCCACAAGCUGCUGUUAGAGUAGACGAAUUUUGAGUUAGCAGGUGAAGAAAGCAAUAGUAGAUUUUUUUGCCGAAUUAGGCAUAUAUUCAUGUUUUUUCAUUGACAAUAUCAUAUGUUUCAUUCAACAUCUGAUUGUCUCUAACACGUGGAACUUGAUUAUGCUAUGCAUUUAGCAGAUGAAGGCUCCAACAAAAUAAUAGAUUAUAGAGUGGACACGAUUGGAUGAGCAUGGUGCUUUUGUAUUGUUUCCGUUGGCUGUUACCUGAAAGAGCCAUUAAAAAUGUGUUCAUGGCAUCGCUGAAGGCAGUGACAUUUGGCUCUCCAUGAGCUAGUAGAGUUAUCAUCAUA